AUGCUUCUGUGGCUAGUGCUGCUCGCGUUCUGUGCGGGCCUUAUGCCGAUCGUCGCGCUCCUCUGCAUCUGCAUCUACAUUUCCGCCUACCGUUCUUGCUCGCAUUCGUCCAACUCGAAACCAUGUCUGGGUCGGUCAGCCGCCGUCGUCGUCCUUGGCGACAUCGGUCGAAGCCCACGUAUGUGCUUACACGUCGAGUCGUUGGCCAACGAAGGGUGGAAGGUCGCCAUCGUCGGCUACGCUGGUUCCACCCUCCCUCCCGCUCUUCAACGCUCGUCUAUCAAGCAACAUCAUCUUCGCUCACCUCCAUCCUGGAUCGCACGUAUGCCUCGAGCAGCUUUUAUCGCAGUAGCUCCGUUCAAGCUACUCGUUCAGGCCGUAUCCUUGUUCGUCGAGCUCACGACGCAGGUUCAUCCGCCACCAGAACUGAUCCUCGUCCAAACACCGCCUGCACUACCAACGCUCUUGGUGGUCAAGGCAGCCGCUGCACUCGUCAAGUCAAGAGUCGUGAUCGAUUGGCACAACCUCGCAUAUACCAUACUAGCCCUCAGGCUGGGCGAGAAAAGUAAGCUCGUCCGACUCGCAGAGUGGCUAGAGAAAUGGAGUGGCAGAAAAGCAUUUGCGCAUCUCUUUGUUACUGAGGCGAUGAAAAACCAUUUGGACCUCAAUUGGAAACUUCAAGGCGACAAGCUGGUGCUGCAUGAUCGGCCGCCAGCGCAUUUUCGAAGAGCGACGCUCGAAGAGACGCACAGUCUGAUGUGCAAGGUACUGCCUCAAAUCGUGCCGAGCAUAGGCGACGACUGGUUGCCAUCGUGCAAUUUGCCCGAUUCAACGCCUUUCACGCAACGUACAGAUGGAGGAGAGUUGCAGUGGAGCCAAGACCGACCGGCAUUGGUGGUCAGUAGUACAUCCUGGACCGCAGAUGAAGACUUUGGCCUACUUUUGAGGGCAGCUAAACUGUACGAGUAUCGAGCGAGGCUAUUGGCUAUACAGUCCUCUUUGCCCCCCCAUUCGCGUAGCAGCAGUACCGCAGAGACUGUCUCUGCCACAUUGUCGCCCGUCUCGGCCUCAUCUUGCUCAUCCGCCUCCACCACCUCUCAUUUCUCGUACACGGACAUUGCCGAUCCCAUCCGCACUUCGAAAGAACGACGCAGACCAUCUAUAGGAGCCCUCCGCACACCUACGCUUCCUAAUGAGCCAGCUAGCUCGCUUCCGAAACUGCUUAUCAUUGUUACUGGCAAAGGCGAGCUCAAGGCGCGAUACCUUGCUGAGAUCGCGCACCUCGAAGCCACCGAGGCAUGGCAGUUUGUUCGUAUUCGAACAGCGUGGUUGGAGUCGCAGGACUACCCGCUCCUGCUUGGCUCGGCCGAUCUGGGUGUAUCGUUGCAUACGUCGAGUAGCGGACUGGAUCUACCGAUGAAGGUGGUGGAUAUGCUCGGUUGUGGAUUGCCCGUGUGUGCGUUGGACUUCGCGUGCCUGGACGAGCUGGUAUGCGAGCGGUGGAACGGUGUCGUUUUCAGAGAUGCCGAAGGGUUGGCGAGGCAGUGGGAGAGUUUGCUGGCCAACCAUCCUCUGCCGAACUGGUUGAGCACAGGCGGAGGCAUGCAAGAACCAUUUGAUCCCCCGGCGCGAUCGGUACUGACACCCAAGACUGGAUGGCUGUGCGAACCAGGCAACACGAGUGCUCCGCCCAUGUCGCCUAAUCCGAGCUUGACGCUGGUGCCCAGUCCCGGAUUUGCACCGUGGUCAAACGAAACAGCAACCAACAAAGCGAAGAAAAGUCCAAGAUCUACAUGGCCCGGCAACUGGAAACACGUCAUGCGACCGCUCUUGGAUCCCAGAACCGACAUGGAUGAGCACGACGAAAAUACUGUCGAUGACUACCUCUCGCACACCUCGGCCAUCAAGCUCAACGCGAUCAGUGCCGGAAUAUUGCAACGAAGAGCCGUCAGCAAGCAGGGCUAUGUGGCUGCUGCCACUUCCCCCGCUUCCAGUGACACCCAACGAGGCAGUGCGAGCAAACGCAAAAAUUCAACAGAUCCCCAAAUCGAUCACGACGACCAGAUCGCAACCCGCAGCGCACCCUGGAAUGGAUUCGGCUUUGUCAGCCAAGCAGCCGUCAUCAGCGAUGGUGAGAGCCAGAAGGGUCUCCGUCAACGCAAGUCGGUCAGCAAACCAAGCACUGAUCUCACUCAACAGCAGCAUGCUUUCAAUCUCACCCUCUUGGACGAUGCGCUCCAUGAUAAUCGUUCCACCACAGACAGCCAAGACCAGUCGUCCAUCCCAGCUAUCCAAGUAUCCAAACCGCCUUCCCCUCCUUAG